AUGCCCUCAAAACGUACUCGUAAACCUCUCUUCUACGUCCACCUCGUUACCCAUAGAAAAAAGCCAAUUCCAAACCCUAAAUCAAAGCAUCAUCACUCACGAGCCUACAACACCUACAUUUGCGAACCCAGCACCUCGCACUCGCACUCGCACUCUCACUUCAUAAAAACAUCUCACCACACCACCAUGAGCUCCAUAGCCCCACCCUCCUUCAUCGACGACGCCAUCUCGCUAACCAACCGCCUACCCCGGGGCCUCAGCACACACCAAGUAGCGCAAUGGCUCUCACAGCACGGAUCCGACACGUCGGCGUACACGGGCAGUUUCAUCGACGACGGCGCGGACAGCGUGUUACGCGACAGUGGAAUACCACCCACACGAGGAUGCGAGCGACAAAAAGAGAAGAGAAAGCAUGACAAAGAGCAUGUGUGGAACGAGCAUGUGCGGAAAGCGGUGAGCGGAGACGUGCAGCGGCAUGUAGAGAAGAUACGGGGGCUGCGUGGGUGUGUGCGGGUUCAGAAAGUGGGGGGUGGUGGCGUGGGGGAAAGCGAGAAGAAGAAAGAGAAGGUGCCUGUGCCCUUGCCGCGGGAGUGGGGGACAUUUGUUAUCAGGGAGAAGGACGGGCGGGUUGUCGUUGUGGAUAAAGAGGGGGAGUUUGAUUCUGGAGCGCAGCAGCAGCCAAGGCGGGCUUGGAUUAGAGACGAGUCUACGGGUCCGGCUUCUGAGACUGAGUCUGUGAGAGGGGAUGGGGAGCAGCUGAGACUGGAGCAGCAGAUGGGUUCAGGCUGGUCCCAGGGGAGUUCCAAAACGGCGAGGCGGAGGCAUAAGGAAUUUGGGUGGAACAGCAGUCAGGGCUCUCCAACAAAGGUACUCUCACCUAUAUCUGAGUCUGAAUGCGAGAGUGGAUGCCUAUCUUCUGGAAGCAAGACCACCAGAUUACCGAGGGACUUCAUGAUGAGCGGUGCGAAUGCAUGGUCACCACACACUCGGCCUUCAGCUAUGUCUACAGUUGACUCAGCAAGCGAGAGCUGGGACUACGGGACCUCGAAAUCGGUAGCUGAGAUGGUGAAAAAGGGGUACAGGCACGUCAAGCCAGUAUCUCGGGAGAGUAAACGCGCUGGAGACGCGUGGAAAGUGGAUGGCCCAGAACAUUGGUACCGAAAGAAUGGAUCGACCUCCUCGAGCAAGAGCAAAAGGUCGACCAAGAGUUGCUCAACAUACAAGGCGCCGGCCGUAGAAGACGCAUCCAGUACCUCGUUGGGAGGUGAUGGCAGGAACUUACCUCACCCAUAUACUUGGGCAACCAGUCCAGCUAACAGCCCGGGCAAUUGGAGUCGCGGGUCAAAGUCCGCAGACAAUCCUGCAUGGACGGAUAUUCAAGCUUAUUUCUCACAGCAACAUGUCUUGAACAAUUCAGCUACGACAUGCUCGUCGAGCGAAGUAACAUGGGACGGGUUCGAGCGCGACAAGACACUAAGUGACGUCAGCAUUGCAGGUUCCAGCAGCACACGCGGAUGUCCUAGCAAUAAGAGCAUGCAAAGCAAUCAUGAUGACACAGGUCGGCGAAGCACGUCUCGCGAGCAAAGACGCGCUGAUAAUCAGCAUGGCUGGGAGGCGCACGGAAGUAGCGGAAGAGGCACUGUCAGAUACGCGAAUGGCUUCGAUGAGGACAACGCGACGUAUCUAAAUGCGAAUUGGGGCGGGACACCGGUACGCGUGACUAAGUACUAG